AUGCCAAUAUCUAAAUCAUAAAAAAGCAAUUCAAUUUACUAAACUGGUUUGAAAAAAAUAACAUAGAAGUUAAGAAUGAGUACAAUUCUAUUAAUAUACACAUUUAUCAUCCUUGGAUUUAGUUUAGCAAUACUUAUUAUAUGUUAAAACAUUCAAUUAUCGUUGGCUACUGAUUAAGUCCAAUUGAUUUCAGAAUAAAUAUUAUCAUUACAAAACAAAAAGUAUUAUGAAUUCACAAAUCUAGAGCUCUCUCAAUUUAAUCGAAAGAUGCUAUGUAUGUGUUGAAGUUUGCAUUUUAUAUGAUAACAUCUAAAAUGUCUAAAUUAGUAUUCUUGAACUAUUGGAUGAAUACUGUAGAUCUUAAAAUUGUCUAAGAACUCUAGCACUGCAAUAUAAUGCAACAAUUAAAUCAAUAAAUAUAAAUUUCAAGUAAUUGUUAUACAAUUUUUGGUAAUUUCAGCCUUCAAGAUGCUUAAAUAAAGCCUUUUGAAAAUAUGGUGAAUCUUUUGCAUACUCAUUAAUACACCUUUGAUUUCUACAUUGUUUCUUAAUAAAUAUAUUUAAUAUCUAUUGUAGACAAUUUAUUUACUGUUUAUUAUCCGACAAAACCAUAGAAUGAAACUUUAGAGGCCUUUCAAUAAUAGUGGUUCACAAAUUACACUUAAGAACUCUAAACUACAAAACAAUUUAUUCCAUAUAAAAUCAGUAAACUGUUUUAAAUGACUAACUAUAAUUACUUAUUGGCUACAUAUUCAAAUAUACUCUUUAAUCCAAAACUAUAAAUUACAGGAAUAGCAUCAUUAUUAAUCAAUUUUCCUAAAUUACAAGAUUUUUUGUAUAUGGAUAAAUUAAGUUUGAUGAUUCUAGAUGAAGAUGGAACCCUUGUUUAUUCAAAAAGCUUUAUAGAUCAUCAAAUGGAAAAUAAAACUGAUUAUAUAUAUAAUGAAACUUUAACAGGAUUUAAUAUCACUGAUUGGGAGGAGAUAAAAUUAUCUAUAAACCAAACUAUAUAUCCAAUUUACAAGUACAAUAGUUUAUUAAAAUAAAAUGUAUAUAUAAAAGCAUCUUAAUUACCUUAAACAGAACUUAUAGCAUUAACGUAUUUAUUGUAAAUAAUAUUAGUUUAUCAAAUAAUACUUAUGAAUAAGAGAUUGCUUCAGUAUUAAAUGGUUAAAUUUAAAAAGUAGUUUCUUGGUUCACAAAUAUGAGUCUAUAUGCUAUUUUGGUAGAUGUUAUUAUUGUAUUACUUACAAUUUUACCACUUAGACUAUUAUUUCGAUCAACAAACUUAGUAUUAGAUAUGAUGAUAAAGUAUUUAAAUGGAAAAUUUGAUUAUAAAAUGAAGGAUGAAGUAUUCAAUCAUUAAUUCCUUUAAUCCAACGAUAAUUCAUUAUCUAAAUUAUAUGAAACUUAUUAGAAAAUUGACAAAACUUUGAAUAAUUCCUAAUUCGAAAAAUCAGAGCAAUGCAAGAUUAUAGAAGCAUUUCGCUUUUUAAAAAAUGAAAAAAUAAAGCUGAUUUACUAAAAAGAUGCAUUAUAUGAUUAGGAAGACUUUAUUCCUUCAUAACUUUUCCACUCCUUAAUUAAAGUUCAUUAAGAAGAUAUAUGA